UAGUAUUCUGGCCUGGAGAAUCCCAUAGACAGAGAAGCCUGACGGGCUACGGUCCAUAAAGUCACACAGAGCCGGACACGACUGAAGUGACUUCGCACACGCACAGGGGAGACAUCUGAAACAUCUCAGGAGUUUGAGGAGUGAGGAGACAGAACCCAGCGUUAGUUACCAGAUUUUGAAUAUUUGAACUUUCCAUCAGAAUAAUGUCAAGUGACAGCGAAAAAUACGAACAUUCGUCUAGAAUUCACCAGAAAAGUGAUCCACAGCAGGUCUCUGAUAGGAUAUUUUUCAUUGACGCUUCGAAUCAGAGCUUGCUUACUAUUCCAGAAGACAUUUUAGCAUUAAGAGAAUUAGAGGAAGUGCAUUUGGAAAACAACCUGAUUGCAGAAAUCCCUAAGGAUAUUCAGCAUUUAAGGAAGAUCAGGGUUCUCUACCUGAACAAGAACAAGUUGAAGAGUCUAUGCCCGGAGAUGGGAAGGCUGAGCAACCUAGAGGGCCUGGACCUGAGCGACAACCCGAUAGAAGCCUCGUCCCUGCCGGUGCUUAGCGGCAUCCGCCAGCUCCGCGAGCUCCGCCUCUACCGCACCGACCUAGCGGACAUCCCCGUCGUCAUCUGCAAACUCCUUCACCACCUCGAGCUGCUCGGACUGGCCGGAAACCACCUGAAAUCUCUGCCCAAGGAAAUAGUGAACCAGACCAAACUGAGGGAGAUCCACCUGAAGCAUAACCAAUUUGCAGCGUUCCCUCUGGAGCUGUGUGGUCUCUACAACCUGGAGAUCAUCGACCUGGAUGAGAACAAACUCACGGUCAUCCCGGAAGAGAUUGGGAACCUGACAAAGCUGAAGAAGUUCUACGUGUCCUACAACAGCCUGGCUGUUCUCCCCGAGUCGCUGGGCCGGUGCACCAGGCUGUCGGUGCUGGACCUCUCUUACAACCGCCUCCACGCCCUCCCGCACACCCUGGGCGAGCUCUCGCAGAUGACGGAGGUGGGGCUGAGUGGGAACCACCUGGAAAAGAUCCCGCGCCUCCUCUGCAGGUGGACCUCGCUCUUCCUGCUCUACCUGCGCAACACCGGCCUGCGGGUGCUGCGCCGCUCCUUCCGGCGCCUGGUUAACCUGCAGUUUCUCGACCUCAGCCAGAACUUUCUGGAACAUUGUCCGUUGCAGAUCUGUUCGCUGAAGAACCUGGAAGUCUUGGCCCUGGAUGAUAAUAAAAUAUGCCAGUUACCUUCGGACUUCGGUUCACUUUCAAAACUGAAGAUUCUUGGACUAACGGGAAAUCAGUUCUCUUCAUUUCCGAAAGAGAUCCUUUCUUUAGCAUCUUUAGAGAAAUUAUACAUUGGCCAAGAUGAGGGAGCCAAGCUUACCCAUCUGCCAGUAUGCAUUCAGAGACUACAGAAUCUUAAAGAGCUGUAUAUUGAGAACAAUCAUCUCGAGUACCUGCCUGUAUCCUUGGGAUCAAUGCCUAACUUGGAAGUUCUUGACUGCCACUGCAAUCUAAUUAAGCAACUCCCAGAUGCUAUUUGCCAAGCACAAGCUUAGUUGAGCCUUGGAAAGUCAGCUUCCUGAAACCCACCAUGGUCAAAGUGAAUGCUGCUUCUGUGAUCUUGGUCAAAGCCUUGAGGUUCCUCCUCCUGUGAAGCUGGGAGAAGCCACCUCUUCAUUGCUACCUCAG